AUGGAAGGCAUGAUGCUUGGGUACCUUAACAGCAAGCAGGCGGCACUGUUCAAAAGAAUGAUUUGGGAAGCAAUGAACAAGGACUAUGAUAAGGGAAAGAGUAGAAAACGAGCCAGAAUGGCCAAGAAAGCUGCUCCUGCUAAAAAGCCAGAAAAGGCUGUCAAAGUUUCUACUGUGAUGGAUACUAAGAAUAGGCUGAGUGCAAAAAUCAACUAUGAAGCUUUGGAUAAAUUAAAUGAAGAGCUUACUACAAGCGACUAA